AAUUCUAAACGUCGGCUCUAACGGUUGCACACCGCAGCAGUCCGACGCUGAAAUAAUCUAAAGACGCUUUAGACACAAGCGCACUUUAAUUCCAGUUGUGUGCAUUAGAACAUUUACAAUGUCAGUCAAAUUAAUUUGCCUUCUAGCGCUUUUUACGCUGUGUGCGACUGUUGUCAUCACGGAGGCACGCGGUGGUGGCCGCGGCCGUGGCGGUUCAUUAGGUUCCGCCUUCUACAGACGCUCGCACAAAAAGCAUGCUUCCUCAGGUAAUGGCGGUUCACGACGGAAAAUUAUCAGCGGCUCACCAGUACACACCUCCUACACGAAUUCAAUGUUUGCAGCGGAAGGCAUGGAUGAGAAGUUUGCAAAACAUCGAUCGCGCCACCGUAGCAAACAUCACAAAAAACCGAGCAGCCACAGCAGCUCCAGCGACCACAGCAGCUCCAGCAGCCACAGCAGCUCCAACAGCCACAGCAGCUCCAACAGCCACAAAAGUUCGACGCACACAGAUUCACUCGUUAAUCACAACAGUCACAGCACUUUAGGCAAACAGGAUCGGCAUAAUACCCACAACUGGUAUGGCUUAGGUUCGGGAGUUUCGCAUCACAACACUCAUGCUGCCAGUCCUCAUAUAUCCCACAACUGGGGUGGUCACCAAUUACCAGCUGGUCAUGUCUACGUUACGCAACCGUCCAGCAUUCCAGUUAAUGCCGUGUACUAUGCACAGCCACCAAGACACACCAGCAAUGAUGAUUCAACAGAUUUUGCUUUGGGCUAUCUUGUGGGCCGAAGUGUGACACGCCGUCAUCAUCACCACCACCACCACUAUGAACAACAACCGCAACCGCAGCCCAAUAAUCAGACGGAAGCAUCAAAAGUUAUUCUGGUAAACAAUAUGAAUCCCACCGUUGUAACCCACACCACAGAGCAGCCGCACUAUUGGCCUACUGACUCUGAAAUAUCGCUGGCACCGCUCAAUAAUACAUUGAUCCCAAGUGGUGUUACGUCUGCUGAGCCCAUAUUUAAAAAUCCUCCCAUCGUUAGCGCUCAGACGCUUACCACAGCCGGCAAUGCAACAUUCGAGCUUCCAACAGCCACAGCGCCACCGCCUGAAACGCCGCCCACCAAUGGCAUUAUCUGUAUGCCAUGGACCUUCAAUGAAACCGAUCCAACGAAACCGGAUACUGUUGUUGUAGUACAGAAAACAAUUUGCUUUCCGGCGCCUCCAGCGCCGCCUGCACCACCGACCACCUCCAUGGCACCGAUCGCGGGUGAUAUUAAUGUUGAUGUAGCAACAACCACCAAAGCUGCCUUAGCUUAAACAUUUUGUUUUUGAAUUUAGCAAAUAGAAUAUAUAUACUUGUAAUCUAUAGUCAGAUUUAAGUUCCUCUUUAUAAAUAUUUGAUUGCCAAUAUUUUCCAAAUCUUGAGGGAAUAAUAAAUUGAUAUUUUUUAACAUUAA